CGCCACGUACGCACUUCACAUGAAAGUGAAACUAAACUCGUUUUCUUCCAUUUUGUUAGCACGCAAGUUCAAUUUUUCAGCAAAGAAAUAUCCAGAAAAUACCGUUUUAUAAUACCAGGAGAGGGAUAUCCUAAGAAAAGGGGUGUAUUUGCCCCAAAAUGAGUUCCAGUGAAGAAGAGAACCAUGGUUAUGGGCAUCUGGGCUCCAUCCAGCAGAAGAGAUCACACUCUCCCGUACCGAGCUGUGUGUCCAUGAAGAGUGACCAGUCCAUUGAUCGUCCACCCCUCUUAGCAGAAGGAGGUGUUCCUGCUGGUCAGAGAUACCAACCUGGUCCAGUAAAUGUUGAAAUGCAGCAGAUCCACAAAUCCCAUCUUCAGAAGAAGUUUCAGUGUCUGACUGAGGGAAUCACAAAGCAGGGAGAUGCCAGACUCCUCCAUGAGAUCUACACAGCGCUCUACAUCACAGAGGGGGGAAGAGGAGAGGUCAAUGAUGAACAUGAGGUCAGACAGAUAGAGAGAGCAUCCUGGAGAGAAGCAGCACGAGGCACACCAAUCAACUGCAGUGACAUCUUUAAACCCUUAUCAGGACAAGAAAAACCCAUCAGAACAGUGCUGACAAAGGGAGUGGCUGGCAUUGGAAAAACAGUCUCUGUGCAGAAGUUCAUUCUGGACUGGGCUGAAGGGAAAGAGAAUCAAGAUGUCCACUUCAUAUUUCCUCUCCCCUUCCGAGAGCUGAACCUGAUGAAGGAGAAAAAACUCAGUCUGGUGGAGCUUAUUCAGCAUUUUUUCCCUGAAGUUACAGAUCCAAGGAUAUUCACUGUUUCAGAGCACAGAGUCAUGUUCAUCUUUGAUGGUCUGGAUGAGUGUCGACCUACUCUAGAUUUCAACCCGAGGUGUUGUGAUUUGACAGAGCCAGCCUCAGUGGACGUGCUGCUGACAAACCUCAUCAAGGGGAAUCUGCUUCCCUCUGCUCUCCUCUGGAUCACCACCCGACCAGCAGCAGCCAAUCAGAUCCGUCCUGAGUGUGUGGACCAGGUGACAGAAAUAAGGGGAUUCAGUGACCCACAGAAAGAGGAGUACUUCAGAAAGAGAAUCAGUGAUGAGAAACUGGCCAGCAGAACCAUCACACACCUGAAGUCAUCCAGGAGCCUCUACAUCAUGUGCCACAUUCCAGUCUUCUCCUGGAUUACUGCCACUGUUGUGGAGAGAACAUCAGAUGAAUCGGGGAGGGUAGAAAUGCCAAGGACUUUGACUCAAAUGUACACACACUUCCUGAUCAUUCAGACAAGCAUGAAAAAUGAAAAGUACACAGAGAGAAAAGAGAGAGAUGAAGAGAUGAUUUUCAAACUGGGGAAACUGGCUUUCCAACAGCUGGAGAGUAAGAACGGACACCUGGACCUUUUCCUCCGCUUCCUCCUGGGCCUCUCACUGGAGUCCAAUCAGAAUCUCUUAAGUCACCUACUGCCACAGACAAGAAGCCAAUCACAGAGCUCAGAGCAAACAGCCCAAACAGCCCAGUGUGUCAAACAGAAGAUCAGAGAUCAGAAUAAAUCAGACAGAAAGAUCAACCUGUUCUACUGUCUGAAUGAGCUGAAUCACCACGCUGUAGUGGAGGACAUUGACAGGAGCUCAGGAACUCUGUGUGUGGACAUGCUCUUACCAGGAAAGUGGGAGACUAAGAUAUUUGAGUUUAAGAUUCCAAAAGAGCAGCUGGAUGAGUUUGACCUGCAGAAGUACAUAAAGACACCGGAGGAAGAUCUGACUGAACUCCUCAGUCUUGAUGAAGUUCUGCAGAAGCUGGUGCCAGUGGUCACAUAUUCCACAUCAGCUGUGCUGAAGUGGUGUAACCUGACAGAGAAGAGCUGUUCCUAUCUGGCCUCUGCCCUGACCUCACACUCCUCAAGUCUCACACAGCUGAACCUGAGCUACAAUGAGCUGCUGGGAGACUCAGGAGUGGAACUUUUAUGUUCUGCUCUUUCUCAUCAAAACUGCAAACUGAAAGAACUACAGUAAGUAUCAUUGCAUGUAGUGUG